AUGUCGAGGGUCGCGCGCGCGCCCGGCGCGUCCACCAAGCGGGCAGUCGAAGAUGGCGGUGCGUCUCACCUCUCUCAUUCUCUCCGCAGCCUCUCCAUCCAGCACCAGUCCCCCUCCAAGCCCGCGCGCGCGGCCGCUGACUCUGCCUCAGAGAUUUGCCCAGUAUGCAAAUCGUCGCGCUAUCUCAACCCGAACAUGCGCUUCCUCGUGAACCCAGAGUGCUACCACAAGAUGUGCGAGUCGUGCGUCGACCGCAUCUUCUCCCACGGGCCGGCGCCGUGUCCGAUCGCGGGCUGUAAAAAGACACUGCGGAAGGCUAGGUUCCGGAUGCAGACCUUCGAGGAUCUGAAGGUGGAGAGGGAGGUGGACAUCAGGAGGCGCGUGGCUAAAGCCAUGAACAAGGAAGAAGCCGAUUUCGAGACGCUCCGAGACUACAACGACUACCUAGAGGAAGUCGAAGAGAUCACGUGGAAUCUUAUCCUGAAGAUUGAUGUCGAACAGACAGAACGCCGCUUGCGCCGCUGGGAAGAGGCCCAGAAGGCCGAGCUCAACCCCAACGCCGUACGUCGUUCUGUAGACAAUGGGCCAGACAUUUCUACCCUCUCAGAGACUUCGCACGUCAUUCUCAAGAAAGGUGGCACACAACGAAGGGUACAGGGCGCAUCAUUGGGCAACACGCCAAUUCCUGAGGAUGACACAGGCUUUAGCUUCCGCGGUCUUAAAAAACGAAAGGCGCCGGAGCCGGAGAAGGCAUUCGAUCCUACAGGCGGGUGGAGCGUGGAGCCUUUGUACUACAGCGUGAAAGAAGAGUACGACCACAAGUUCUUUGCAGUCAAGCACGAGCCCAAGUUCUACGCGUUCGGGUACAAAGCGCCUGAAUACUACAGCCACGCGCUGCGCGAUGCGUUUGGCGGUCUGGGUGUAUUUUUGGAGGAUGACAGAGCGAAUGAAGUCAUAGACUUUGGCACGCAGGCAGCCGCUGUUGCUGCAGGUGGAGGGAGGGAUGUAGAGAUGAACGACGUGUUUUGA